AAAGUGUGGAGGAACUGCAGCCCGCCAUUGUGUGUCUGAUCUGCAGCUGUAGCGAGAGAGAGAGAUAGAGAGCGAGCGAGAGAGACGGGCGCAAAGACUCUAAAACACACGCAUUUCCCGUUAACUUUUACCCGCAAACAAACGCACAGUAUAACACACAGGCUCCGGGGAGAGAGAAAUGUCAGCCAGCAGCCUUCUGGAGCAGAGACCGAAAGGCCAAGCAAACAAAGUGCAAAACGGAGCUGUUACCCAAAAGGAUACUUUGAACGAUGAUGAGUUCGAGCCUUACCUGAACGCUCAGCCCAGACAGAGCAAUGCCUAUACGGCCAUGUCCGACUCCUACAUGCCAAGUUACUACAGCCCCUCAAUAGGCUUCACCUAUUCUCUGAAUGAAGCAGCAUGGUCUACAGGUGGUGAUCCCCCGAUGCCUUAUCUGGCCUCUUAUGGACAGCUUAGCAAUGGGGAGCACCACUUUCUCCCAGAUGCCAUGUUUGGCCAGUCUGGGGCACUGGGGAGCAACCCUUUCCUGGGACAGCACGGCUUCAACUUCUUCCCCAGUGGGAUUGACUUCCCUGCCUGGGGGAACAGCAGCUCUCAGGGACAGUCCACACAGAGCUCAGGUUACAGCAGCAGUUAUGCCUAUGCUCCUAGCACACUAGGAGGCGCAAUGAUCGACGGACAGUCUCCCUUUGCAGCGAAUGAGCCGCUAAACAAGGCUGUGGGAAUGAAUAGCUUGGAUCAGGGCAUGGCGGGGCUUAAAAUUGGGGCUGGGGACAUGGCACCCAAAGUUGUUGGUUCUGGACUUCCUGGAGGGCCACUGAGUCAGGUGUCUGCAGCUCCCACCAUGCCACCCGCCUCCAUGGCUCCCGCGAAAGCUGCAUCUUGGGCAGACAUUGCCAGCAAGCCUGCCAAACCUCAGCCUAAGCUGAAAACCAAGGGGGGACUUGGCGGGACAAAUCUGCCACCUCCUCCAAUCAAACAUAACAUGGAUAUUGGGACUUGGGACAACAAGGGGACUAUGCCUAAACCAGCAGCCCCACAACAGACUUCCCUGCCCACUAAUGGACAGCCGCCCAAUCAAUCGUCUCCUCAACCGGGUGCUACUGCUGGCGGGGUGCCACAGCUGCCCCUCAGUAAUGGACAGCUAGGGCCUCCUACUGGUCAACUCGGUCAGCACCCUCUUCCUCCAGGUGGCCAGCCAGGUGCUGUCCCACCUCCACUAUCCCAGGGCCCUCCCCAACCCUCCCAGCCAACCCGCUGGGUGCCUCCACGUAACCGUGCUAAUGGCUUUGGGGACGCAACGGGCGGACCUGGCCAAUCCCCUCCAAAUUCAGGAAUGGGUGGCGUUGCUGUGCCAGCAGAGCCCCACCCAGUUCUGGAGAAACUGCGCAUGGUGAACAACUAUAAUCCCAAGGACUUUGACUGGAACCCUAAGCACGGUCGUGUCUUCAUCAUCAAGAGCUACUCUGAGGACGACAUCCAUCGCUCCAUUAAGUACAAUAUCUGGUGCAGCACAGAACAUGGCAAUAAGCGCCUGGACGCUGCGUACCGUUCGCUGGCCAACAAAGGGCCUCUCUACCUGCUCUUCAGCGUGAAUGGCAGCGGGCACUUCUGUGGCGUGGCUGAGAUGCGAUCGCCCGUGGACUACAACACUUGUGCAGGUGUGUGGUCGCAGGACAAGUGGAAGGGCCGUUUCGACGUGCGUUGGAUCUUUGUGAAGGACGUUCCCAACAGUCAACUGAGGCACAUUCGUCUGGAAAACAAUGAGAAUAAGCCGGUGACCAACUCCCGUGACACACAGGAGGUUCCGCUGGACAAGGCGCGCCAAGUGUUGAAGAUCAUCGCAAGUUACAAGCACACCACCUCCAUUUUUGACGACUUCUCACACUACGAGAAACGUCAGGAAGAGGAGGAAAGUGUGAAAAAGGUGGAGGUUCAGGGGAGUGACCCGUACUCCAGUAACUCCAGUCGGAGCCACUACAGAAUGCAGGAUCGUCAAGGACGUGUGAAGUAACAGACACCGCUUUGGGCAAAAGACUGACAAGGCCCUAUUUUCUCUCCCCAAUCUUACCAGAUAUUUUCAGAAAUUAUUUUGGGGAAGAUUUAACCAAGGAUUCAAAAAGAGGAAAAAAAAAAGAAACUCAAUGAAGACUCUGAUUUCUGUUGACCUAAAAGACUUACUUUGAACUUGUAGUAAAAGAAAAUGACACGAUUAUUCAUAGGACUACAACUUAAUUCUAUAGGAUUCUAAUAGUGAACCCAGUACUUCCCACUUUUGUUGGUCCCAUUUUUGUUCUGCUGCCUCUUUUCUCCCAAAAAAAGUUUUCAUUGUUUUUACAGUCCAAGCACAUGACUUUGCUUCUCUUACAAUCUUGAGGGUUUUCUUUUCUUUUUUUAACAGAGUUCUAGUGUUCUAUUAUGUCAUUUCUCUGUUAACUCCUUCUCGUUAUCGGAGAUGAAACCAUCCAUUCAGGACGUGCAAUGAUCGUCGCCUUCUCAGUGGAUCUUCCAUUGUUGGUUAAUUGGCCACUAGUCCAGUAAAAGUCUCAUUACCUUCUGAGGAAAAAAAAAGUUUACUAAGAUUAUAAAAUGGAAAAGUGUAAUUAAAAAAGAAAAUCUAAUGAAUGUUCAGGAAUGUCCUGUUUUUUUUUUUGUUUUGUUUUUUUGUUUUUUUUUGUAAUAGAGGGUGUUUGGUUGGCAGGAGACAGUAAAUGGACUAGGCAAUUUGUUGAGUUAAGGCUUUUGCUCACUGGAUCAGUUUUAUAGUGUAUAAAAGGGGGCUGUGUUUGAGAGACGUCAGCUUAUUUUCCAUUUACUCCUUUUCUUCUGCAAGUUAAAGAAAAAAAUAGUUUCUAUGGGCUGCUCUGCUCCCGUCUUUUUUUUUUUUUUUUUGUUCUCGUCUUUCUCUUCAGUUUCUUAAGUCUGCAUUGAGAUGGGCCUUGUGCCCUCUCUUUCUCAUAAUCAGUUCAUUAAAAAUAAAUGUGGUAUACUCGGCAGAACUUGUGUGUUGCAUUUUCCCCUUGUUUGACUAAGUACAUGUCCCAAACAGCCUGGUCCGUCCACCCAGCACCCACACUCCUCUCCUACACUUGCUGCCUGCGCACUUCACCCCUUCUACUUUGUUCAUGUCAGUGCGUUAAACAACUGCGGAACUGAGCAGUGUCAGAAUAAAGAUGCUGCACAAAACUUCAAGUCUGUUUGCUUUCUGAAGAAUUGAAUUGAUAGUAAGAUUAGAAUUUGCUGUAAUGCUACUUUGUGAUGGCACACUGUAUCCAUGGCCAUCUGCUUAACUGUCAUUUGUCUCAAACACAAUGUUUUUCUUUUCAGGAAGCAAUGGCGGAAGUGGUUGCCACAUUAAUGAAUCAAUAGUUGGGUUAAGUAUUGUGAACAUACUUUUGAACUAAAUUUAAAUUAAUUCACCAAUAACCCCUUAACUUGGUGGUUGAGUAAGAUCGCAAAGAAGAAAAUGCUUGAUUUACAAUUAAAAAGCUUUGGAGAUGAGAUUUCUUCCUUACAAGAGUUGAAAUGUUUUUGUUUUUUUUCCAUUUUCUGUGGGUUGGCCAGCUUUUCUCUUGAUCUCGAUGUAAUAAGAAAUAGGCUACGAUUAUUUUAAAAAUGUUGUUCUCAUUUUCAUUAUAUAUUAACGAGAGUGAUUGUAUUGUUUUAUCUGCGGCAUGCUUUACCUGUUUAAUAGACAGACGCAAAUUCUUAAUUCGCCUUUGGAUGACGCUGUUUACACGUCCAACCUGAACGUAGAUGUACCUCGAGUGUGUAAACAAAGCUUAUGUUUUAAAUAAUCGCUAAAUUCUUGAAUAAUCAUUUUCUGAAAAGAGUACACUUAUUUAAGCUGCAUGUUUGUAACGGGAUGCUCUGGGUACCCUUUUAUAACGCUAUUGCUGAUGGGAUUUGUAGUUGCAUCCCGUUACAUCUGUAUCCUAAAAUAACAGGAGACAAGACGUGUAAAUCCUAAAAUGGCGGCACCAUGUAUAAUUGAGCAUGCUUGUCCAACAGGGGGCGGUACAACUUCAUUUUUCAUGUGCAUCCCUAAACUGGUCCGAACGACCCUUUGAUUAAAGAAUAAGUCGCACUUAUGACAUUAAUUGUUAAUUUGAUGUUAAAAUAAUGUAUUUAUUUUAUUCCCUUAGUCUGUGAGUAGUUCUAGGCCUACUCCUUUAACAAAACAUAUCACUUUACUCUUUAAAAGCAUAGUUCAUAAAAAAAUCUUAUUGUAUUACCCUCAUGUUCCAAACCUGUUUGAAUAGAAAUUUGAGAAAUAAGCUUUUUGUCUGUACAAUGAUGAAUGUCAGAGGUAAACAAAAUUGUUUGGUUACCAACAUUUUUCAAAACAUUAUUUGUUGUGUGUUCAACAGAAGAAAGAAAACAUUUUCAUUUUGGGGGGAGCUGUCCCUUUAAAAAUCCCUGAACGAAUUCACAUUCUCAGAACAGAUACAUUUAAUAUUACAGAUGCAUGUAAAGAAAGACACAGCAUGUUUGUUUCAUAUUUAUUUCUCUAAUUUGACCUUACAAUCAGAAGGUAAAGAAUAUCACACUGGCCCACACACUCACAAUCAGCCCAUAUUUUGAAGGUUUUGUGGUUUGUAUUGUAUUUCAGUGUGCAACAUCUCCAAACCUUUCACUUUGUUUUAUGAGGUUAAAUUUCACAUUGAGUUUGAGACAAUUUAACUAUCCCAACGGUUUUGAGCUUGGGUAAUUUGUCAAAGGCUGCAGUGUCAGUGUGGUCACAGCCAUCAAUCAAUUAAACCUUUUAAUUUGUGACAGCACAGAGCUCUGCCUUUUUAAGUGCAAAAAAAAAAAAA